AGGUCGAUAGGCGGUUGCUCUAUCGCAAUGCAGCGGGAGAUCGUGCAUCUCGCGUGUCGGUAUGAAUUUGCCGAGCACAACCACCGGGGCAUUGGAAAACUCGUUUGGCUUCGUUGCCAGUCAUUGAAGCUGCAUUGGAACGCAAUAGAAGUGUUACAGUUUCGGAAAUGCGAGUUCGACUGUACCUCUGGGUACUUUGCUUCGUGGUCCUCAACGAUUCUGUCUGUUCCGGAGGUCGAGUUGUUCCAUAUAAAGCUGUCAUUGAGUACAAAGGAAUUGCAUUCUGUAGUGGAUCUGUCAUUGACACGGUGUGGAUUCUGACUGCUGCCAAGUGUGUUAUGAACAAAACGGUCUCUUAUAUAACGGUUCGGCUUGGACUCAAUAGUAGCAAUGAAGGAGGUUCUCUUUACGGCGUAAAAUCUUCACACAUCCAUCCCAAACACAAUCCAGAAACGUCAAAACGAGCGUUGGCCUUGCUGAAACUGGGUGUCACGUUGAAGUACUCAUUGACAAUCAGUUCUAUUCCGUUGGUAAAACCCGGUUACGGCAUGGAGGAAGGAACCCGUUGCUCGAUACCGAGCUCCAUGACAAAUGUAACGGACAUCAAAGCCAAACUGUGGACCAGAGAGAAAUGUCAAACAGCUUAUCCGAGCACGUUGAAUCUCACCGACGACGCACUAUGCGCGAAGAUUACGACCAACAACAGCUACAUCAUCCAGUGCAAUGACUCGCAGCACCAGCACCAGCACCAACAACGAUUCAUGCUUGGCAGUCCGCUAGUAUGCGAAGGCAAACAAGUUGCAAUUGUGUCGCGUUUGGGUGCCGAGUCUCUGCCAUUGGCAGACCAAUGUGGGGAUGGCCUGGACCCUAUGGCUGCCCGACUGGGUGGCUAUGGUUUACCGGAUUUUUUCACGGAUGUUGCUUUCGGUGAUAAAUGGAUUAGCUCACUCGUGGUUCGGAAAAAACGAAAACCCGCCGGUAGUAAGCGCCGUUCUCCGAUUAAGGGCGGUCGGAACUUUCGGUUUCCAUACCACCGCAAUGCAGCGCAGUGGAUCGGCCCCAGCAUCGUCAUUGGAUUGUUGGUGAUCAGUGUGUUUCAGUUUUAUGCUGUGCGAUUUGUGCGGUAGAGAGCGGCUGCGAAUUGAUGCCGCCUGUUCUAGUCAACUGAGAGAAGAAAUAAAAAACAAACUGCCAACGGUGCUCAAUGAUUUUCUUGAUUGAAUAUCAUUUGUUGUUUAAACUUUUGUACAAAAAUUUUGUAGAUACACACAUAAUAUAACUAUAGAUACGAUAGUUAUGACAUUAUUGUUAAGGUGCUCCUUGUGUUUAUUUUAUAAAAUAUUGCAUUAUUAUUAUAAGAUCGUUUAUUUUA